UUUCAAUCUCGUCCCUCUGAUCUCUCGUCCCUUUCUUCUUCUUCCUCCUUCCUCUGUCAAUUCCAUUCUUGUUCUUCAGUUAACCACCCUUCUCCUCCCAAUCAAGAACCUUUUUCUCUUCCUUUCUCGGAGGAAUCGAUCCGCCGACCACCACACGAGUAUUGGUGAUCCAGAUAAACCAAAGCCGUCUUCUUUCCUUCUUUCACACACGCUGAUGGUGUUGUUACAAAGACCAAGGCUUUGAUUUUUUAUAUGGGUUUGUGUGGGAAACGAAGAUGGAGUUUGGGGUUGUGGGUAUCUUGGAAGGCCUUUGGGUUGCAGCCAUACUGCCAUUGCUAGUAGCUUCACUGCCGUUUCCUCAACUGGGCUGGUUCAGUGGAGUUGUCGCGGGGUUUGCUAAGAGAGGAAAGAUCAUGCCACAGUCUUCUUACUCUAAAAUCACAGUCCCUCAGAGAUUCUUCUGUCACUUCUACGUGUUAGGAGUGGUUUGGACGACCAUCCUGCUUUGUACGACAUGGGUCUACGCAUACAACACCGCGCCAAUGGUUUCUGAGCCCUUCUUCUUCUCCAGCAUGCUAGGCUAUUUAACAACAAGUUCAAGCAGCGUGUCUUCUGAUGGAUCUCAUCUCGUUUCUUCAAGGCAUAGAUAUGGGUUGUGGCUUUCUGUGUUUCUACUUUUGCUAAUGGAAGCUCAAGUAUUGAGAAGGCUUUUCGAGACCAUCUAUGUCUUCAAGUAUAGCCCCACAGCACGGAUGCAUAUGUUUGGCUAUGUUGCUGGCUUAUUCUUCUAUACAGCAGGACCUCUAUCAUUAUGUUGUAGCAAUGCAUCUGAGAUGUUCAAGUAUGGUGCAAAUGUGGUGAAUAGGUUGAUUGUUGCUAAAAGCAAAGGUGCAAUAGUGCCAGCCUUCAGAUUUCAUUGGUGGGAGUUUGUUAACCCGCUUCUGAAGCUUGGAUGGCUGCCCUGGAUUGGUGCAUCUGUAUUUCUCUGGGGUUGGAUUCAUCAGCAUCGGUGCCAUGCAAUUCUGGGCUCUUUAAGAAAUCAAGGGAAGAAAAUGGAUGAAUACGUUGUCCCUUGUGGUGAUUGGUUCGAGCUUGUUUCAUCUCCACAUUAUCUGGCCGAGAUUGUUCUAUAUGGUGGCUUUGUGGUUGCCAGUCGGGGAACAGACCUUACUAUUUGGUUGCUCUUUGGAUUUGUGGUGGGAAAUCUGGCAUUGGCAGCUGCAGAAACACAUAGGUGGUAUCUUCUUAAAUUUGAUGCUUAUCCCAAGGACCGGUGCGCAAUCAUCCCCUUUGUUUACUGAAUAAGUUUCAUUUGGGAAAGAAUGUAUGAUUCCCUUGCUCUUAUGCUAGGUUAAUGUAUGAACUAGUAAAGUGGUCCAAACUGUAAAUUGAGCCUGAACUUUCAAUGGAUGAAUACACUGAAAAUGUGUCC